GGAAGACGUGUCCGGUGGCCAGGUAGCGGCAGUUCGCUCUCAGAACCCGGAGCUGCGACCCCAUUAGCAUUCCUACCCAUCAGGCCUCGCGGCGGGAGACGUCUCGCUCAUGGUUUAUCACUCGGGGUACGGGGCCCAAGGGUCCAAGCACCGGGUCAGGGCAGCCCCAGACCCGCCUCCACUCUUUGAUGACAGGAGUGGUGGGUAUCCCACUCAGCCCGGUGCUUACCCGCCACAGGGCUCAGAUGUGGCCUUCAGCGUCAACAAUCUGCUUGGGGAUCCCAUGGCCAACGUCGCCAUGGCCUACGGCAGCUCCAUCGCCUCCCAGGGCAAAGACAUGGUGCACAAGGAGCUUCACAGGUUCGUGUCCAUGAAUAAGCUCAAACACUUCUUUGCAGUGGACACCUCCUACGUGGCCAGGAAGCUGGGCUUGCUCGUCUUCCCUUACACACACCAGAACUGGGAGAUUCAGUACAGCCAGGAUGUGCCCCUGCCCCCUCGGCAGGACCUCAAUGCCCCCGACCUCUACAUCCCCACAAUGGCAUUUAUCACCUACAUCCUCCUGGCCGGGAUGGCACUGGGGAUUCAAAAAAGGUUUUCCCCUGAGGUGUUCGGUCUGUGUGCCAGCACAGCCCUGGUGUGGGUCGUCAUUGAGGUUCUAGCCCUGCUUCUUGGCCUCUACCUGGCCACAGUCCGAAGCGACCUGAGCACCUUCCAUCUGCUUGCCUACAGUGGCUAUAAAUAUGUGGGUAUGAUCCUGAGCGUGCUCACAGGGUUGCUCUUCGGCAGUGACGGAUACUACGUGGCCCUGGCCUGGACCUCAACUGCCCUUGUGUAUUUCAUUGUGCGCUCCUUGCGGAUGACCUCUGUGGGCACUGAUGGGGUGGGGGGUCCUGCCCCCCGUCAGCGCCUACAGCUCUACCUGACCCUGGCUGCGGCUGCCUUCCAGCCAAUGAUUAUCUACUGGCUGACCUUUCACCUGGUCCGGUGAC